AUGCUCGACGCCAUCGCGGCCACGACGCUCCUCGACGACGACUUUCGACAGGACCCCACGACGCUGGGGCUCGAGUCGCGCGUCGCGCAACUCACCGGCAAGCAGGCAGGCCUGUUCGUCGUCAGCGGCACCAUGGGCAACCUCGUCAGCAUCAGGACGCACCUCCAAGCGCCGCCGCACAGCGUCCUCUGCGACCACAGGAGCCACAUCGUCACCCACGAGGCCGGGGGCAUCGCGAGCCUCUGCGGCGCCAUGGGGCACCCUCGUGACGGACUGCCCGACGCGGCUGGUGUCGCUGGAGUGUCCGCUGGGAGGCGUGGUGAUGCCGCUCGCCGAGUGCCGCCGCAUCAGCGAGUGGGCGCGAGGGCACGGCGUGCUGCUGCACCUGGAUGGGGCGCGGCUGUGGGAGGCGGUGGCCGCCGGGGCGGGAUCGCUGCGCGACUACUGCGCGUGCUUUGA